GAGACUUUCUACUAAUAAGAAGACAUUAUUACCAUCCCCAAUGUAGAGUCAUCUUAAGGCUCUAUGGGGCAUGGUCUCUCAACUCUAAGGAACCUUGCUUGGAGAAAGCCUGUAAGUUGAAUGGCAAUGUUGUCCACUACAGAAGCAGACGACACUGUUUUAUAUUCAGAUGUGGGGUGAACUCGGACGGCACUGAUUGGGAGUAUCAAUGGAGAAGACAUCGAUUAUGGGGAUUAGUAUACGCCAAACCUCAUAGGUCCAACCCAAGAUGCCACAACUCAUACUUUAUGAGAAGAACAUGGAAUUCAGAGAGCUAUUCCGAAUGUUCCAGCAUCGGAAGUUACAGUAGCUUGCGUCCCAAUGUAGCCCAGACGUGCCUAGCCCAAUGAGGUGUUUUACGAAAUAUUGUAAGUGGAAUUCAACAACUGGUGAUUACAUCUUCAGGCUUGGUACUGCGUCUGAAAGGGUAGACGUUUAUGCUCUAAUGCACACUGAGCAGUGUAACGCAAUACCUCCACCAAUACCAACACCAGCAAAGUAUGUCACAUCCUGUCAUAUGACAGGGUAUUUCUCAGCCCCAAGCCACCAUCUCACAGACAUCCUCUGCAGAUCUCGUUCAAACACCUUCAUCGAGGAUGGCGGGAAUGAGGUAAGGAGCCAUCGUUGCUAUAGUAACCAGGAAGGAACGGGAUGGCUGAUGCACGCUGAUCACAAUAAUACAUGCUUCAGUCGGGUACAGAACAAUAAAAUGUUUAUCUUGCCAUAUCCAGGUACACCAAACUGUAGAGGCAAUCAGAUGUACGUUAUCAAACGAUUGAAACAACACUGCCAAAAGUCAACAUGUUCUCCUCUUGGUACCGCGAGCGUCGCACGUGACCUCAGACAGUGUAUGCUAUUUGCAUGUGAUGCUGGUGCCAAUGUUAUUAAUUAUAGAAGUGCCAACGCUGGAGUAGCACUCCGGUGUGAAAUGAGAUCGUGUCGUUUAUCUCCUAAUGGUGAACCUGACCUUGUCCUCAGUGGUGGAUAUAGAGGUUUUGAGGUUUAUGCACUGCAUCUUACCACUUUAACUCCAACUACCUCCACUCCUACUCAACCUUCUACCACUACAAUGAGUACAACCACUACCCAAGUCAUAACAACCACUACAAAUACCGCUACAUCUACUGUACAAGUGGUAAAUGAAUCAACUGCAACGCCAUCGAACAAGACGAAUCGAUAUGAUGCUAGACUUGCGAAAUAUCAACAGGAAAACACAAGCUUGAGAACUGCAACAAUUGUAUUGGGGACCUUAUUAUCUCUGUGUUUCGUGGCGGCUCUAAUAGCCUGCAUCAUGCUGACAAUACGAAAGAUUGCCAGUAAACCUAAGACGACAUCUCAAUGUGUUGACCGAGAUCAUGCCAAAGAAUAUGUCAACCAGUCUAUGGACCAUGAUUAUGUAAAUGAGGCGCAUUGCGUCAGAGACGAUGAAGAUGACUAUCAGGAUCCAAUUCAAAGAGAGAGAAAUAUUUACGUUGUAGAUGAUCAUGAUUAUGAACUUAUCGGUGUACCAAGGCCCUCAUUGCCUUUAAAACCAAAUUUCAAAACAGUUUUUGAUAACUUGAAAUCGUCCGAGCAACGAACAAGCCAAUUGUAGGUCCAAAUAUUGAUUCAAUUUGCGUUCAAAAAACCAUCAACACAUGUUUGUAUUGCUUAUUGUCAGGAAUAUGAGGUAUAUAUUAAUCUCCAUGACUACAUAGAGAAUACCUGAACACAUACGUACAGUACCUCAACAGGAUUUAGAAGUAAUUGCAACUUGGCAUUGUAUAGCUCACACUGAAAAAUUCUUUGAACGUGUAAGGACAAUUAAGGCAGAUCAUCACUCC